CCUUCCGCUCUCUGGGGUGUGCUGCUAUUGAUCUUCCGGCAGGCGAGCUAUCUAGUUCCCAGCUUCCCACGCUACCUGCUUCGGUUCCUUCCAACCAUUUUUAAGGGGCUGGAUGUUCCUCCCGGAAUGAGUUUGGUAAUUAAAAAUCUGCAGCGGGUGGUCCCCAUCAGAAGAGUGCCACUUCGCAGCAGGAUGGAUGUGGUCAGGAGUAUUUUAGGAGUGAAGGAUUUUGACCUGGGGAUCAUCUGUGUUGACAACAAGCGUAUUCAGCACAUUAAUAGGAUCUACAGGAAGAAAAACGUCCCGACUGAUGUGCUGUCUUUCCCAUUCCAUGAGAAUCUGCAAGCAGGGGAACUUCCUCAGCCACACUCGCCAGAUGACUAUAAUUUGGGAGAUGUUUUUCUGGGUGUGGAGUAUAUCUUCCAUCAGUGCAGAGAAAAUGAAGAUUUCUAUGACAUCCUAACGGUAACAGCCACCCAUGGACUCUGUCACCUCCUGGGCUUCACCCACAACUCUGAGAUCGAGUGGCAAAAGAUGUACAACCAGGAGAAACUGGUGCUGGAGGAACUGAAUCGCUGCACCGGAGCCAGCCUCCAGCCCCUGACCAAGGGCCUCUACUAAUGUUUCAAUACUGUGAGAUGGAGACAUUGAUGGACGGAGUCUUGCCCCUCCAGAAUGGAUCUCUGCUGGUCAUACUGGCCUGGGUGACUUCGGCCCACACGGAAGCUCAAUUCCAUGAGUGGAAACUGGCUUCAGGAAGUACCAAGGAGGUGUCAAGUUGGCUCUUGCUCUGUUUAAAAAGCUAUCUUAGAACUGGGCGGUGGUAGCGCACACCUUUAAUCCCAGCAGUCGGGAGGCAGAGACAGGCGAUCUCUGUGAGUUCGAGGCCAACCUGGUCUACAAGAGCUAGUUCCAGGACAGGCUCCAAAACCACAGAGAAACCCUGUCUCGAAAAACCAAAAAAAAAAAGCUAUCUUAAUUAUUAUAAACAGCAGUUCUAGGCCAUUCCUAAGAAAAGAAACAUGUAAGUUCUAUCAAAUGUGUUGCCAUCAAACUAAUAAUUAUAUGAGAGAAAGAUCGUGUCAGAAAUCAUCAUGAAGAAAGGAAAAGGAAACUGUGUGAGGUCUUUAAUUGAUGCUUUUAACAAAAACAAGAUUCUCUGGAAUCACAUCCUAAGGGACACUGAAAGAUGGUUCUGUAGGAAGUGGAUGUCACCACCCUGAAGCUCUUGGGAGUGUGUUGCAUUGACUUGUUCAUCCACAUGGACAUCACAUCACUGUCUUCACUGUGUGGUAGCCAGGUCAGUCACAGGGAAGGUCCACACGGGGCUAACUGGCAACUCUGAAUCAUCUUGCCUCUGACCUGUAGUGUUCCAAGGAUUCAAAAGUAGGGACCAGCUUUUUGGUGAGGAAUGUAGCAAAUGAGAGCUUACUUUAAUACUUGAAAAUCACUCCAGUGAUCCCAACUACUAGAGAGGCCAAGACAGGAGAAUUACAAGUUUGAGGCCAGCUUGAGCAACUCAGUGAAAUGUUGUCUCAAAAUGGUAAAAAGGAGAUGGAUAUUAACUUAGUGGAAGAGUACUUGGCUAGUGUGCUCAAAACCUUGUGUUCAAUCCACUAUCACAAAUAAUAAAUCUUAAAAAACAAAACAUUAAGCCAGGGGUGGUGGUGCACUCAAAGCUCUCAGGAGGCAGAGCUUGUGAGUGUAGACUGGCCUGGUCUACAUAUUGAGUUCCAGGACAGCCAGAGCCAUGUAAUAAACCUUGUCUCAAAAAACAAACAAACAGAAAACAUUAAAACAACUAGGAAGCUAGGCAUGGUUAGACAUACCUUUAGUCUCAGCACUUGAUGUGGGAUUCCCCUCUGUAUGCUGUGAAUAUGUUUUAUUACCAUUGGUUAAUGAAUAAAGCUUUUUCUGCUUAGCGCAGCAGAGCCAGGAGGGAAAUCCAAACAGAUACAGAGAGAAAGUGGGCAGAGUCAGAGAUGUCGUGUAGGUGCCAAAGGAGAUAGGUGCUGGAUCCUUACCAGUAAGCCACAGCCUCAUGCCAAUACAUAGAUUAAUAGAAACAGCUUAAUUCAAGAUGUAAGAGCUAGCUAAAAAUAUGCCUGAGUCAUUGGUUGAACAGUGUUGUAAUUAAUACAGUUUCUGUGUGAUUAUUCGGGUCUGAGCAGUCGGGGAAACAAAUGAGCAGUCUCCGCCUACAGAUGGCACUACGCUCUCUCAGAGGCCAGAGGCAGGUGAAGCUCACUGAAUUUGAUUAAGGUCAGCCUGGUCUACAUGUAAGACCCUGUCUCAACAAACAAAGGAGACAGGCAUGAUUGUACAUGUCUGAAACCCUAGCAGCAGCCAAGCUAAAACAGGAUUGUAAGUUUGUUGUCAGCCUGGACUCAAAAACCAACCAACACCAAAACCAAAAAGGAAACCAGUUUUUACCAAAACAACAAAAGACAGCCUGGUCUACAAGAGCUAGUUCCAGGACAGGCUCCAAAACCACAGAGAAACCCUGUCUCGAAAAAAAAAAACAAAAGAGACACCAGAAGAUCAAGAAAGCAUACACACACAUGUGAAAAGAAAUCUACCAGGACCAGAGUACAAAUGGGACGGGGAAAGCGAUCAUCUCCCUCGAGGAGGCACAGGCCAGGCUGUUUGUGGCUUUUAGAAAAAUUCCUUGUAUACAGUGUAUGAAUCAUCCUUAUUUAUUUGUUUAUAUAUUUAUUAUUACUUGAUUCUUUUUUAUUAUUAUUUUUAUUUUUCAAGACAGGAUUUCUACCUUUGGAGCCUGUCCUGGAACUAGCUCUGUAGACCAGGCUGGUCUCGAACUCACAGAGAUCCGCCUGCCUCUGCCUCCCGAGAAGAACUAGCUCUUGUAGACCAGUCUGUUUUCAAACUUACAGAGAUCUGCCUGCCUCUGCUUCCCGAGUGCUGGGAUUAAAGGCGUGCCCCACCAUCGCCCGAAUCCAUCCAUAUUUACUCAGCCUGCAGGCCACACAUGUUCAUACCUUACACAUGUUUCUUGUUAGUUCUUAAGAUUUUAACAUUUUAUGUGUAUGAGUAUUUUACAUGUGUGUGUGUCUGUGUACCAUGUGUUUGCCUGAUACCCAUGGAAAUCAGAAGAGGACAUUAAAGCCCCUGGAACUGAGUUACAGACAUGAGUUGCCAUGUGCUGGGAAUUGAACUGAGGUUUUCUUCAAGAGCACCAUAUGGCCUUAACUCUUAACCAUUGAGCCAUCUCUCCAGCACUUUCUUAUUUUCCGAAACAGGGCUUUUCUGUGCAACUCUGGCUGUCCUGGAACUAUGUAGACCAAGCUGGCCUCGAUCUUAGUGAUCUGCCUGCCUCCACCUCUCUAGUGCUGGAACUAAAGGUGUGUGCCACCGUGCCCAGCUCCUUAUUUUAUUUUGAAUUGCAUUUAAUCAGCGAUGGUGUUGAAGUGUAUGCACACCACAAUGCAGCAAUGCAGUGCAGUCGUAGAGGCAAGAGUGACAGCCUGCAGAAGUUGGUCCUCAUUCCCCAUCUCCCACCCAUCAUGUCCUGAGGCUAAAACUCAGUUAUCAGACUUGACUGACAGCAAGCACCUUUAACUGCUAUGCAACCUUGUUGACCCUGGAUAUUUGAAAAGAAAGCACGUCACACAUUCUUCAGCUUGCUUCUCUCACAUUGGAAUGAAGUGAUCACUCCAGGCAUGAUCAUCAGGUCUUUCUCUUGGUUUGCGAGUGGGCAGGUGUAACACAUCAAGGACAUAACACAGGGCCUCACCCGUGUUCAGCAAGCUGUCUGCCACUGAGUUAUGUCUCCGGCCUCACUUUACUCUUACUGCAACCUUCCACAGGAAUGUUAAAAUGGGUUUGCAGCUGUAAUGAUGGAUUCUGAUCUGGAACUGUUUUUCUAACAAGUUUUUCAUAAUAAAAUGUUUGUGUUUCCCCUG